UCUUCCCUCACAGUCAUAAAUUUAUCACCUCGCAUAACGUGCACAUGUUUCGCAAGCAUACACGAUGCAAUUUUGCAGUAGUUGCCCGAAACCACCACGGCGAACCUGUCCAACCCUCUGAUUCACGUGAAGGUACAAAUAUCAUUCGCCGUUCAAUAGAUCGAGAAGUUUGCGGUCCAAGCUUGAGUCUAGAAUGUUUGGUUCCGCUCAAGCCUUCAUCCGCCUCGCCAUUGUUGGUUUCUUGGUGGCAUGUUUCCCGAAGCUGGCGCUGGGAGUCGUACAUUUCGAAGGGAUGCUAUACACGAAGGUCAAUUACACAGGUUCAGAGGGACCCUUCAUCUGCUCUGAAGAAGUCAACAAAUGUCAAAACUGCGCAGGACUGUAUAAGGGUUGGCGGAAUAAAGCCAUGUCCAUCAAGACGAACAAUACCUGCAUCAUGGCGUUCAGUCUACCAGACUGCGACAAUCAAUCUCAGAUUUACAUGAUCACGAAAAGUAUCCCGGAUCUUGGAAAAGUUAAAUGGGCCAAGAGGAUUCAAUCAUUAGGUAUUUGUCUUUGAAACGCUGGGAAUUAUUUAUGCUGGAAAUCUGAAAUGUUGAAUGAGAUUUUAUUAAAGGAAAUCACAGUUUGUACAA